AUGGAUCUCCUCCUGGUAUCUCUCAUCCGGCAACUCGCAAGCAAGUGUCAGGGGUUUCGUGAUAAUAAGUCACUCAAGUGGUUCCGCUCACAUCAGGACUCUGGAGAGCUUCCAGAUGAUACUAACGAGCUCUUCAAUUAUUUGAAGAAGUUUAUAUCCAAGGUCGACAAGGACGUUUUCAUCGUCCUAGAUGGUCUGGACCAGGUUCCCGAACGCCAGCGCGCAGCCAAGACCGGGCCCCUUAAACUACUUGACAUCAUCAAAAAGCUCACGCGGCAAGGAUAUCCAAACUUGCACAUACUCUUGGUCAGCAGAGACGAAAAGGAUAUAAGAUUGUGUUUGGAGACGAAUAUGAAGGACAUGCUGGUCUCUGUAGAUGUCAAGCAGCAACUUGGUGCAGACCUCGACAACUUUGUCGAGAGGAAGUUAGAGGACAUGCCGAUUUUGAAAGGAAACCAGCCUCUAAGACAGGCUGUCAAGAAACGCCUCAACCAUGGCCACGACGGCAACUUUCUCUGGGCAGCCUCAGUGCUCAGCCAAGUCUCCCAAUCCCUUGACGCAGAAGAGAUCCGGGACGUACUGAAUAAGAUCCCCGACAACAUUGUUGGAAUGUACCAGACCGCAUUGGAGAAGGUGGCAGCCAAGGACACCAAACGGAUGAAGCUCAUCUUACUCUGGAUGCUGCGACAACAACGACCUCUCUCGCAAGCCGAACUUGCCGCAGCCGUCGGGCUUCACAGCCCCAGCGUGGUCACUGACAUCUGCACAAAAGUGCUUAUCCAGACAUCCAAGCAGAGCGUAGUUGUGGCUGGCCAAGAGCGAGAUCUCGAUGUCUUUCGCUUCACCCACUUCUCGGUCCAGGAGUACCUAGAGGCUGUUUUUGUGGGAUCACAGGAGAAACUUGGGACCAAGCUUGAGAAGGUCGACCGCUUCAGAUUCCCCCUCCCGGCAGACGCGCACAUCCAGCUGACAAGACGCUGCUUGGCUAUCCUGUCGGCCUGUUUCUCGAGCCAGAAGGACAAAGCCGCGAUAACGGAUGACGGCCCCGGCUCGGACUCUGACGCUAGCGCUUCCGGCUUAGACACUAGCCACGGUGAUGUUACUGCUGCCAGUUCUGAUGCCGAGGACACCGAUUACCUCUACGGCGACUGGGGAUCGUACACCAGCACCAGCAGCAGCAUAGCAGACAGUAAAUGCACCGAAGGACCAGCCCGGCGUUAUGCCGCCGAGUAUUGGUUUCACCACUAUAACAUGGUCGACAAAAGGAAAGCAUCAAGCCGCCAGAUCAAGGAUCUGGACGCCGAGAUCUGUUCCCAGCUCCUGCUGGAUAACAAGAAGCUGAGGUUCUGGCUCAAAACAUACGAUCCAGAGGGUGGAAAAGAUGAGGACGUACCCUCGCCGGUAUAUUACGUUGUUAAACUCGGGCUAGAAGGGAUCCUGGCGCAGAUUAUCACACAGUUUGGGCGGCCUCGAAACGAUACCGUCGAUCGGAAACCUAUACUCGACUGGCGCGGGAGCGAGGGAACCGCCCUUCAGCUCGCGGCCCAUCUAGGUGACUCGGAUGCACUGGACGCCCUGAUCGAGCACGGCGCCGACGUCAACUCGGAGAAAGGACUGCAUGGAACGGCGCUGUACGCUUCGGCAGCCAGGGGCGAUGAAAACGCUGUCAAGCAGCUCGUUGACGCCGGUGCAGUUUGCACCGGUACCGAAGAUGGACCUCUCGGCAAUCCACUUCAUAUUGCGGCAUUCCGGGGUCAUGACACCGUCAUCCGGCUGCUCCUCGACCGCGAUAGAGUGGCUGUCGACCACCGCGCGGAUCCAUUCUGCACCGCUCUCCAGGCAGCGUCCGCAGCGAGGAAACACACAACAGUGAAGCUGUUGCUGGACCACGACGCGGACCCCAACAUUGUCGGCGGUUGGCUCGGGACAGCUGCCCAGGCUGCGUCAACGCAUCUCGGGUGGCCCGGUAACGACGACAUCGUCGAGACUUUGGUGGCCAAGAAGGCCGAUUUCGUCACCGGGCCCAGCUUUUGGAGCACGGCGUACAAAAGAGCGAGUUUCCGAGACGAAAUGGGGCAAGAACUGAUUUCGAAAAGCUACCAUAGUCUGCUCCUCCAAUAUCGAAUCCCGAACUCAGCGGGACUUCACGAGCUCCAACACCCGCAACGACUCCUUGCGGUCGCCAUCUGCCAAUGGACCCUCCCCGCGGACAGACUUGUGAAUUCCGACCCCGUCUUCAAGGGUCUGCUCUGCCGGGUCCCUUUCCAAGACCAGCUCGAUGCUAUCAGACAGGCUAUUCCUCGGCUGGAGCUCACCAUGCAGCAUGUGCGACACAAGGACUUCUUGCAUAAAGCCUUAUUCUGGUCCGGAAUCAACUACAUACUCAACCGAUUGCCGCUUUUGAUCAACCAGUGCUUAGGCCAAGUUCGCAGGCAGCUCCGCUACGAGCCUGAGGAAAGCGCGCGGGUUCAUGCGUCGCCCGCGCUUCCUUUGCGGUGGGCAUUCAAGGAGUUUGAGGACGGAUACGAACCCUGCUAUCAAGACGCAUGGCCUCGCCGAAGUCUGAUCUCCGGGUUCCGGAUGAGAAAUCGGCGGAAACAGUGGAGGUCUCCCUGGGGCGAGGACAGUAGAGACCAGAUGAGCUCCUUAGCCAGGAGCGACCUCAUUGCCGUGGACCUCAUGCACCGGAGGCAAAGACACAGACAUCUCGAAGAGGCCCUUUUGACCACUUCCGGAUAUAUAGACCCGGGAGAAUCCGGAGAAUCUAGAGAAUCUGCAGCACACAAAGAAUUGCAGUUGGCCUCAGAACCAGGCGUCUGGGUUAUGAGCGAUAUUCUCGAUCUGGUCAAAGAUCUCCUGGUCUACGGCGACCGCUGUGUCCGCUAUCAAGAUGCCGUGUCUGACGCAACAGAGACAGCCGCCCUGGGACACCGAAAGCGUAUCGAGGACCUAACGUUUGAGCUGUUCUCGGUAGUCAUUCGGCUCGCCUUCCUGGUGGGCGGCCGUAUUGAGGCUGUCGACCUCCAGCUGCUCCCCGACCCCGUUCGGCUACUCACUGCGGUUCGGCUUAAGCGGAUCAAGCAGCUCGACGCUAUGUGUGAACAAGACUUCGCCUCCAAAAGCCCAUGUGGCCGUGCUCCCGCCGACAACCACGCGGGGUUAAAGGCUCAGGAGAUAGCCGCGGCGGUGGCUCGGCAGGUUGAACAAAGUAUCGAGGGCAAGCUUGCGUCCUCCCGGGCCGACAUGGUCCGUGAAAUCCAGAGUCAGGUCUCAGGCGUGGUCAAAGAGGAGGUCUCCCGCUUGGUGGGACAAAUGCAACAGGGUCUCGAGGAGAAGAUGGACGAAAUGCAGCGCCAGCUCGCCGAAGUUCAGGAGACGCAAGCACGGCGUGGAUUACUCUGGUAA